AUGGAAGAUACAUCUAAAGAACAAGAAUUUAACUAUGGAGAACAUGACUUACAAAAGAUAAAGGUCUUUAAGUACAAGUCAACCAAUGCAAGCACGUUUAUAUAUAUUCACGGAGGUGCUUGGAGAGACCCCAACAACACAUUUGAUGAAAUGAAACCAGCCCUAGGCGUUCCCAAUGCCAACUUGAUGGGGAUCAAUUAUCGUUUAUCUCCAGAGGUCAAGCAUCCUGAACAUUUAAUUGAUAUAUUGCGAGCAUUGAGAUUUAUCAAGCAGAACUUUAACGUCAACCAAAUUACCUUAUUGGGGCAUUCGGUCGGUGCCACUAUGAUUCUCCAGUUAUUGCACUACAGACAGAUUGUACAUGAUGGGUUGAAGCACAUGGGCCAAGAUAAUUUGUCCAGUGUAGACAACGACCUUGAGAGGUAUAUCGAGGACAAUGUACAUUUGCUGCAAGUGAUAUUCUUAGAUGGCAUCUAUGACCUAGUUGAGUUAUUGAAAGAAUAUCCUGACUAUGCAUCAUUUGUGGACGAUGCAUUUGUUUCCAGCGACCAUGUUGUUGACUCGACUCAACUUAGUUCAGCAAAUGAACUGUUGAACGUGCCUUUCUCAUUGGUUUCAAAGGACACAAAAUUUUUGAUUUACCAGUCCUUGGAAGAUGAGCUUCUUUCGAUGAAACAAACACAUUUGUUGGUUGAUUUUUUGUCUUCAAGAAGCCAGGGGUUCACAUUGCAUGUAGGCAAUUGGGGGAAACAUGAAGACAUAUUUGGGAAAGAUAGAGAAAAGGUAUUCUCUGGUAGCAUGCCCUAA